AUGGCUGAGGCUACGACGGGUCGACGAAUGCUCAGUCAAGUCGAGGAGACGAAUCUUGAUGAGGUACGUUAUUGCAUACGAUUUGCCUUUGCUGCCGAUCUUGCUCCGACAAGCAACAGUCACGCCUUAUCUGCUCCAUUGGUGGCCAAGGUCAAGACCUACCCUAUCCAGGAUCUUGACAAGCUCGUGACUCGUCAUCAUAGGGUGACUCGGUCCGCUCGGUUGGCCCUGACUGGGAGGCAGCUGCCUCUGAUAUAUUUAUUGGUGGCCACCCUCAUUACCCCUCCUCACAACAAAGCAGUUGUCGUGGUCGACACGGACAAUAAAUUCGACAUCACAAGCGUUCUCCAAUGCGCCCCUCACGGAAGCCCUCUGGCUCGGUCGCGGGCACUCCGCCAAGGAGCUUUUGCACAGCAAUACAACGAGGAUGACCGGUCCCCAGGCCCGCACCGAGACAAUGUCUCACACACAAACGGCGGAAAUGUGACUCUGGAGGACCUCAAGCAUGUCCACGUCUACCGCACAGCUCGUGGUUCUAUCUCCCACGUUCGGGAUGUGCUCAACUCAGCCGAACACUACAUGAUCUAUUCAAACCAUGCAUCUGCUACUCGCGAGUGGUGGGGUACCAUUGUCAUCGGCGGCGGCGGCAGCAGCAGCAGCAGCAGCAGCAGCCCAGCGCCCGUCGGGUCAGGGCAGGCAGAUGUAACCACUGGCCGGAAUGGCUGGUUACGUGUGAAUAGGAAGGUACCACGCAGGUUUCCCGUUGGGAUGAGCAUCGAGGAGGCACUGGUGGAGCGAGAUCAGCGCCGACGUGCGGCCGACGCAGCCGGGUUCAAGGCGACAUGCAUCUGGGGAAGUCUCACCUUCAAUCAGUGA